AUGCUUUCCAAGGAGAUGAAAUACAACCCUUCUGAUUCUAAUUACAUGGACUUCCUAGCCAGCUUGGAGUCCAUCCUAUUAACAGGAGACCUCAAUGACGAUGACCGGUUUAAAAUCGGAAAUAGCGCUGUUAUUGCUGAAUACGAGAGGGCAGUCAUCUUCCGGUUAGGUCGUAUUCUUCCAAAAGGCGCCCGGGGACCAGGUCUUUUCUUUGUCCUGCCUUGCUUGGACAAUAUCCGAAAGGUUGACCUACGAACAGUAACCUUUGAUGUUCCACCGCAAGAGGUCCUUACAAAGGAUUCAGUUACAGUGGCUGUUGAUGCAGUUGUAUACUAUCGCAUAUAUAAUCCUGUUGUUGCUGUCACUAACGUGGAAGAUGCCGAUCGGUCCACCAGACUUUUGGCUGCCACAACUCUCCGCAACGUCCUUGGAACCCGCAGUCUGUCGGAGAUUCUUGCAGAACGGGAGUCAAUAUCUGGUUCUAUGCAGGUUAUUUACCCCUAUUAUUACUGCUGCUUUGAUAAGGAGGCUGACUUAAUGCUGGACGAUGCAACAGAUCCCUGGGGCGUCAAGGUGGAGCGAGUAGAAGUCGAAAAUGUUAUCAACCUUUUAAUGUACACUUAUUUUUCCCGCUUUCUUGACAGGAAAGACGUCAGACUUCCAUUGCAACUGCAAAGAGCAAUGGCAGCUGAAGCAGAGGCCACGAGGGAAGCUCGUGCAAAGGUUAGACAGCGAUCUCUUCAUACAUUGCAUCGCGUUUGCAAAUUAUUAUUAAUCUGUUAA